AUGUUGGUAGACUCUGAACCAGUAAGUACAAAAGAAGCUCUCAGGAAGAAAAUGUGGCUGAAGGCCAUGAAAGAAGAACUUGAGGCUAUAGAAAGAAAUAGAACUUGGGAGUUGACUAAGCUUCCAAAGGACAAGAAAUCCAUCAGUGUCAGGUGGGUUUACAAGGUGAAAUUAAAGCCAGAUGGAUCAAUUGGAAAACACAAAGCAAGCUUAGUAGCUAGAGGAUUCCUACAAAAAAUUGUACUAUGUUACUUUGAAGUUUUUGCUCCUAUAGCUAGACAUGAAACAAUCAGGCUAGCGACUGCUAUAAUUGCUAAUCUGAAUUGGACUUUGAUGCAUUUAGAUGUGAAAUCUGCAUUUCUGAACAGGGUGGAGAUUGUGUACUCUGACAAGGGUAUAAUCUUGCAUCAGCUGAAGUAUAAACUCGAGCUUCUGAAGAGAUUUGAGCUGACGAAUUGCAAGUCUACAAUCACACCUGCUGAGGCAAAUCACAAGUUGGAUUCUAAUGUUGAGGAUGAAAAUGUAAAUGCUACAACUUUUAAACAGUUGGUAGGCUCAUUUAGAUAUCUCUAUAAUACUAGACCUGAUAUUUGUUAUGCAGUUGGAGUGACUCUUAUUGGUGUGGAGACAGAGUUGACAGAAGAAAUCAAGGUGAGAAAGUCUGUGAAGUUGAUGAUUGAUAACAAAUCAACUAUAAGCCUUGCCAAGAAUCCAGUGUUGCAUGGAAGAAGUAAGCAUAUUGGCACAGAGUUUCACUUUCUAAGGAACCAGAUUCAGAAUGGGGUGCUUGAAGUCGUGCACUAUAGCACUCAGAAAUGGGUUUACAAGGUGAAACUAAAUUCAGAUAGAUCAAUUGUCAAACAUAAAGCAAGGUUAGUAGCUAGAGGAAUCCUACAAAAUUCUCGACUAGAUUACUUUGAAGUGUUUGCUCUUAUAGCUAGAAAUGAAACAAUCAGACGGGUGAUUAUAACAGUUGCUAAUCGGAAUUGGCCUUUGAUGCAUUUAGAUGUAAAAUAUGCAUUUCUGAAUGGUCCUUUACAAUGGGAAGUUUAUGUAUCACAACCUCCUGGAUUUGUGAAAAAGAAUCAUGAAGGGAUGCUGAAGUAUGAACUUAAGUUUCUGAAGAAAUUUGAGUUGACGAAUUGCAAGUCUGUAAUCACACCUGUUGAGACAAAUCACAAGUUGGAUUCUGAUGUUGAGGGUGAUGAUGUAGAUGUUAUAACUUUUAAACAGUUGGUAGGCUCAUUGGGAUAUCUCUGUAAUACCGGGCCUGAUAUUUACUAUGCAGUUGGAGCGGAUCUGAAGAUCAAGGUGAGAAAGCCUGUGAAGUUGAUGAUUGACAACAAAUCAGCUAUAAGCCUUGCCAAGAAUCCAGUGAUUCAUGGAAGAAGCAAGCACAUUGACACGAAGUUUCAUUUUCUGAGGAACCAGGUUCAAAAUAAGGUGCUUGAAGUCGUGCACUGUAGUACUCAGAAACAGUUGACAGAUGUUCUUACUAAGGCUAUCAAGAUUGAAUAUUUUAUCUAG